AUGGAUGAAUUGAAGCACAGAGCUGGUGAAAAACUCGAAGCAUUACAAGUAGCGGCAAAAACUGCAGCUGAUAAUGGUAAAUCGCGCGUACAAGAUGUUGUGCAAACCACGGUGGAUGCUAUACAGAAGAUUCGUGAAGCAUUUCACGACAUUUGGCACAACGAGCUGAUCGCGGAGGGUCGCGAGCGCGCGGCCGCCUGGACCCGGGAGGCAGUGCGCCGCAUCCGUGAGGGUGCUCCACCACUCUCGCCCGUACUACUCUAUGAAGAGCUAGUGGCUUUGUGGCACGAUAGAGUAUGGCGUCGCAGUAUGCUAAUAUUCGCGUGCGGCGUGGUGGCGGGCGGCAGCGCGGGCGUGUUGCUGGGGCUGAAGAUAUCGCGGAGACAACAUGGCGGCCCGCAUGCGCGCGCGCUGCACUCACAAGCCGACCAGUCCGUCAUACUUGUUGAAGAUGCUGUCGCUCCUGGUGCGGGAACCGGCGAGGUGUUAGUACGGGUGCAAGCAUUCAGUAUAUGUACGGUGGACCGAGGGGCAUUGCGUGGCCGCGCUCACCUACUGCGCUCGCUACUGUACCGGGGAUACGUCACUGUCGGGAGAGGAUUCGCAGGUGUGGUGCUGGACGUAGGUCAAGGCGUGACGGACUUGGAAAUGGGUGACGAAGUAUGGGGAUGCGUAUCGGAAUGGUGCGGCGGCGCGGCCACCGAGCUGUUGACUAUUCGCAGUACCCGAGUGAGCAAGCGCCCCCGCGGUCUCGCAGCCGAUACAGCGGCGUCUUUGCCCUGGGCCGGGGGCGAAGCCUUAAUGGCGCUCCGGAACAUCGCAUACACACCUGAGAACUCCAAAGGAAAACGGGUAGCAAUAUGUGGCGCGGCCAGUGGUGAAGGUUGUGCCUUAGUCCAGCUAUUGAGUACGUGGGGAGUUCACGUCACCGUCGUAGCGCCUCGACACGCCGCGCUCACACUCAAGGACCUAGGUGCAUCGGACUUCGUGGAUAUAGAAGGUAACAGGGAAUCAGGAGCAUGGUCGAGCCUAGAGGCGCGCGCCCGCCGUACAGGCCCGUGGGACGCAGUGCUCGCCUGCGCCGCCGCAGAGGUGCCGCCCAUAGCACUCGCCAACAAACCUGCGUUACUCAAGGCAAAAGCAUCGCGCACAGCUUUCGUCGACCUGAGACCGGGGCCGCUGAUCACCGACCGACUGCCAACGCCUUUCGCUAUAAUAUUCGCUACUUCAUUCUACACUUAUAGAGUCUUAAGGUGGCUGGUAGGCUGUGGUUCCAAUACAGAUUGGCUAGAAGAUCGAUUUAGAUUAAGAGAGGGCUUAGAAACUCUCGCCAAGCUAGUAGAACGCGGUACCAUGGCGCCCAUACUUGAUAAGGUAUACCUACCACAAGAGUUCGAGAGCGCACUCGCGCACGCGUGCAGUGACGACGCGAUCGGUACCACAGUAAUACGUUUCCCUUAG